CCCGGAAGCAGUCGCUGCCACUUCCGGGUGGUGCUUGUAUGCCCAGUGCGGGAGCCAAGGGACCCGAAGAGUGCUUGAAGUAGUGGGUGCACCACCAUGUCCCGUGGCUCCAGCGCUGGCUUUGACCGCCACAUUACCAUUUUUUCGCCGGAGGGUCGGCUCUACCAAGUAGAAUAUGCUUUUAAGGCUAUUAACCAGGGUGGCCUUACAUCAGUAGCUGUCAGAGGAAAAGACUGUGCAGUAAUUGUCACACAGAAGAAAGUACCUGAUAAGUUAUUGGAUUCCAGUACAGUGACUCACUUAUUCAAGAUAACUGAAAACAUUGGCUGUGUGAUGACCGGGAUGACAGCCGACAGCAGAUCCCAGGUGCAGAGGGCACGCUAUGAGGCAGCUAAUUGGAAAUACAAGUAUGGCUAUGAGAUUCCUGUGGACAUGCUGUGUAAAAGAAUUGCUGAUAUUUCUCAAGUUUACACACAGAAUGCUGAAAUGAGGCCACUUGGUUGUUGUAUGAUUUUAAUUGGUAUCGAUGAGGAGCAAGGCCCCCAGGUGUACAAGUGUGACCCUGCAGGCUACUACUGUGGGUUUAAAGCCACUGCCGCAGGUGUGAAACAAACUGAGUCAACCAGCUUCCUUGAAAAAAAAGUGAAGAAGAAAUUCGAUUGGACAUUUGAACAGACAGUGGAGACAGCAAUUACAUGCCUGUCUACUGUCCUCUCAAUUGAUUUCAAACCUUCAGAAAUAGAAGUUGGAGUAGUUACAGUUGAAAACCCUAAAUUCAGGAUUCUUACAGAAGCAGAGAUUGAUGCUCACCUCGUUGCUCUAGCAGAGAGAGACUAAAUGUUGUCAUUAGUUUACCAAAUCCAUGAAGCCACUUGCCUGUGUGUUCGCUAACAACAGACCAACAUCACGAAGGCCCUUGGAUUCAAAGAAGAACCUCUCCCACUCCGCCUGCCACCCAUGUGGUUAGGACUCUGUAUAAAUAAAAACAGUGCUUUUGGGAAA